GUGAAAGCUGCGCACACGCACCAAAGUGCUGGUGGAGAUACACAACGGAGCGCACGACUCAGGACUGUGUACAACGCAAUUCCAACACAAAUGGAUAUUUCCGUGGCUUUGUUAUACCUUUUCCUUUUUUCCAAACCAGCUUUGGCUUUUGGGUCAGAUCAAGACUACCAGAUAGAUAUCAUCAACGAACUUGAUUUGGCAAAUGCCACUUAUGGAAUUACCCAAGUGGCAGGACUUCACAAUAGCAGCAAGGCCUUCUUUUUUCGAGAUGCUGGGAGAGCGAUUCAAGCCCCGGCACACAUUACAGAGAAAGUCAUGCAGCUAUUCAGGAGAAAAAGUGAAUUUACCUUUUUGGCCUCCAUCCAGCAGAAGUCCUCCACAUCGGGUGUCAUAUUCUCCAUCCAUGAGUCAGAACACAGCUACUUUGAAUUGGAGAGCAGCGGCGUUCGGGAGGAGAUCCGUUACCACUAUCGCUUCAAGGGCAAGCCUCGCUCGGAGUCCUUCCCCUACCGUCUUGCUGAUGGCCAGUGGCACAAAAUUGCCCUCACUAUAAGCUCCUCCCAUCUACUUCUGCACGUUGAUUGUAACAGGAUUUAUGAGCGAGUUAUAGACCCGCCUCAGAUGGAGCUCACCCCAGGCAGUGGAGUCUGGCUGGGACAGCACAGCCACAAGCACGGCCUAUUCAAGGGCAUUAUUCAGGAUGUGAAGUUGAUAUUUGCUCCCAACGGCUACAUCACCCAAUGUCCAAACCUUAACCGCACCUGUCCAACCUGUAGUGAUUUCCUGAGCUUAGUGCAGGGCAUUAUGGACUUACAGGACCUACUCGCCAAGAUGACCCUGAAAUUAAAUUAUGCAGAGUCCAGACUGACCCAGCUUGAGGGAUGCCACUGUGAGAAGACGUGCAGUGCCAAUGGCCUUGUCUACAGGAAUAAGGAGCUUUGGGUCGAACCAGAAAAUUGUAGAAACUGUGCAUGUAAGAAUGGUGUAGUGGAGUGCCGCAGGAUUUUCUGUCCUCCUGCAAACUGCUCAGAAGACUCAUUGCCUGUACAUGUGGAUGGGACGUGCUGUAAGAAAUGCAGGCCAAAAUGCAGUUACCUGGGCCAGGUCUUUUCUGAGGGUCAGCGCUUUUUAUCCAGGAGCUGCAGGGAAUGCAAGAAUGGCUUGAUGGUGAAAGUUACAGAAACAUGUCCCGACCUCAACUGUUCUGUCAGUGAACAGAUCUUAAGGGAUGGGAGAUGCUGCAAUGUUUGCCAAGGUUAUGACUUCUGCUCAGAGGGCCUCAUCUGUGGAGACAAUUCUGAAUGUAAAAAUCGGAAUACAAAAGCGGAGUGUGAAUGCAAGAGCGGCUAUGCCUCCAUUCAUGGGGAUUCUACUUACUGUGAAGAUAUUGACGAGUGUGCAACCCAGAUGCAUUACUGCCAGUCCAACACGGUGUGUGUCAACCUGCCUGGCAGCCAUCGCUGUGACUGUUUGCCAGGCUUCACCCGAGUGGAUGAAUUUUCCUGCACUGAGCAUGACAAGUGUGCCAGCAGCCAGGACGCUUGUGAUGAGAAUGCCAUCUGCACCAACACUAUUCGAGGACACAUGUGUACCUGCAAGCCUGGCUAUGUUGGGAACGGCACCAUCUGCAAAGCUUUCUGUGAAGAGGGGUGCAGGAGUGGCGGGACGUGUGUCUCCCCCAACACAUGUGUUUGUCCUUCCGGAUUCACAGGACGCUAUUGUGAGACAGAUAUUGACGAGUGCGCAGAGGGCCUGAUUGAGUGUCACAACCACUCCCGCUGUGUCAACCUGCCUGGAUGGUACCACUGUGAAUGCAGAACUGGUUUUCAUGACAAUGGCUCCUAUCUGCUUGAUGGCAGCUCCUGCACUGAUGUCGAUGAGUGCAGUUUGCAGACACACACCUGCUGGAAUGACAGUGUGUGUGUGAAUCUACCAGGAGGCUACGACUGUGUGUGCACAUCAGGUCCAGGAUGCACUGGGGACUGUCCACAGGAAGAAGGCAUCAGAAGGAACAGAGAAGACUGGAAACCCGGCUUUGACCUAUGCACUAUUUGCUCCUGCAAGGAUGGGCAGACAUACUGUAGAAGGAAACCAUGUGACUGUGGAGACCCAGAGGAGGAUCUGUUCUGCUGUCCUAGUUGUGACAACAGACCUAGCAGCCAGUGUCUGGACCAGAGUGGUCGCACGCUCUACCGUAGCGGAGCAUCCUGGCUGUAUGGCUGCCAGCAGUGCCGCUGCAUGGAGGGGGAGGUGGACUGCUGGCCUCUGGUUUGUCCUGUGCUGAUGUGCGAGUACACGGCAGUGGCAGAGGGUGAGUGCUGCCCACGCUGCGUCACAGACCCCUGCUUGGCUGACAACCUGUCCUAUGACAUCCGGCAAACGUGCCAGGACCCCGCAGGCAUUGCUCGGCUCAGUGGGGACACAUGGCGGAUGCCCAAGUCCCCCUGCACCAGCUGCACGUGUAAAAAUGGAAACGUUUGCUGUUCGAUGGAUCUCGACUGUCUUGAAAACAACUGAAGAACUGCUUCUUCUCAUCCUUUUCUUUCGCCUCGUUUCCUUCUCUCGCCACAGGGCUGGAGCGCCCUCUUUUCCGUUAGACAAUGGAGUCCUUUGAUUUUUUUGACAGACUCUUGCACACUCUUGUGCAUGUCAUUGUGUGCACAGAAAAUACAAACACACACUCGUUGAGAUGUCGAUGUUUUUCCCCAGUAACGAUUGACAGGAUGUGACUGUACGUGGCUCAGAAGGUGCCUAAGUUACUCCCACUACUCAAUUGUGUGUCUUUGUUUUGGAUAUUUUCAUUUAAGCUCUAAACCACAUGCUUGAUUUAUAGCCUUUUAAGAGCUUGGUAAUGAGGUCAAGGAAGAGCCAUAUAGAAUGUUAUCAUCAACAUGCUCGAUGUAAUGCAUCUUCUUAUGCAGCUUUUCCAAAAGGAGCAUUCAUUCACUUUCACUUGCUAACAAAAAUGACUUCACUUGUGCAACUCACCAGUUUAGAUCAGUGCAGAAAUUGGACAUCCAAAUCGUGUGCUUAAAAUUAAAGAUGCUGUAUGUAAGCAUUCAAGUUUAAAACACAUAACAUGAUGGGGAUAUUAGGAUUGUUUGGAUAUGAAUAGAAGGCUGUCAAAUAAUUAUUCCACACUGUGUUACAGCAAUAUCUACCGAAGUUAACCCACUGACCUCUGCCCAACCGUGCAAUACCACUUUUUUACCUCAGGAGGCAAUAGUGACUCACUGUAGCAAGUCAGCCUCAGUUCAAGGAUGGAGACAAUAACUAAACCCAAAUCUAUGAAGAAAUCCAACAGAGCAAUCAACAUUGUUUGCUAUUGACAAAAAAAAACUGUCAUUUCAAAAAUAGUGGUGUUAAUUUUUUUUAAAAUUUUCCUAAAGCUACAUUAUGAUCACGUGCUAAAAUCUGAGCUAUGCAAGUGACAGAAGAAACUAUACCGAUCACAAGAUACGAUUAGUUUUAGCCAACUUUAUCACAUCGUGUUUUUUUUUUCUUUGAGCUUAUUAUGGGAUGGAUUUUAGAAUGUUCUUCUUACGUAAACCUUAGGUAUAGCACCUUUUAUUUGCAAUGUGUGUAUAUAUGUGUCAUAAUGUUGCUGUGACACCUCAAAUUUAAUGUUUUUUUUUCUCACAAUAAUUGACAGUUACACAUGCACAAUGAAAAUCUACUUGAUUAAAGCUUUCUCCAGCCUAAUGUCCAUUUGAGGAGUAUUAUAGGGUACAUUGUUCAAUGGCAUCACAGCAGGGAUGUAGUUGUCGUCUGUCCCUACUGAGCUUUUAACAUUAUUGUCUGUAAUGCUUCGUUUAGCCUCUGAUAAAGCUGAUGUCCAGCAUGUGUGGCAGCAGUGUGAUGAUGCGCUACAGCAUUUUGUAGGCCAGGCAAGCAAGCAGUGCUGGUGUACAUUGAUAAACUGGUGGACUUUAUGGAGGGUCAGUUGCCUCUGUCAUGUCCCCUGGCUGCUCAGCUCUGCACUGUAUUGCACACAUGUGACAGGGAGACAUUCAAAAAGGGAAGGGGGAAGAUUUGGUAUAAUUAAAGCCCCGGUCGUCUGGAUUUGAGUAUGCCAGGAGGUCACGGUGUCCAAUUUGUUUACAGACGGUCAGACUCAUUAAGACAGAAAAUGUCAGUGGUCUUUCUGCUGUACUUCAGAUGUUAACACCCCAGAUUCACUCCUGUCCUCUCCUCCAUCAUACUAAUGUUUGUCUAGAGAGGACGUACGUGUCCCUUUAGUGUCGCAUCGAUCACACUUUGAGUCCAUCACUGUCAGUGAUGCAUUUUUUUCACCACAAGAAGUGAGAUGGAUUUCCAACAUAGUGUCCACAUUUUUGUGUUAGCACAGACCCUGGAAUGAAAUCUUUGUCACAUUCUGUUGGAUACUGCCAUAAAACAUCUGGUUUGCCGGGGUCACCUUUUGGUCACAUGACAAAGUUAUUCAGUACACUUGUCAGUAAAAGUGAUACAACGGUAAACACUUAGAACUGGUAGCAGUGGCAGUCAUUUGUUACCGGCCACAACCUCAGGUAGACUUGCACAAUCUAAUGAGCUUCAAUACAGUGGUCAGUCUUGAUUGACUCGGAGUGAGUCAGUGAGGUAAUCAUUUAACAAUAUGCUUAUUAUAAAACAUUUCACCCUACAGUCCUAGGGCCCACUUAGCUACGAUAGUUACAUAAUAUAGUUACAUCUCUGAUUAUGUCACGUAUUACACAAUAAUGAUAACAAUGACUCACUCAUUCACAUUCUAUCGCUUAGAGCUGGAGCUUAUCCCAGCAGACUUUGGUCAUGAGGUGGGUUACACUCUGCAUUGGUCAUCAGUCAGUCACAGGGUAGAUCUCAUUAGAUUAUCUGUGUAGAUUCUCAGUCAUCUCGGUCAUGGUAAUGGUUUAAUUUGUUUUGAACAUGCAUACAAGUUACAUUGUAAUACAUCACAUAGUGCAAUUCACAGUUCUACACGUCCAAAAAGGAAUAGGGAGAAGUUAUUUAAUCCUACCUCCCCCUCCGUUUCACAUCAAUUGCAAUACAUUUGUUCACAUGCUGUAUUCCAAAUGUACUCUUUACCAGUUUUAAAUUCAUGGGAAAAUGGUAAGGUGAUAUAACAAUGUGGUAAAAAUGGGAGUCAAAGUUGUAUCGAGGAAAAGGCUUCUUGAGACGUCAUCUGUACUUCUGUG